GGGACGCCUAAAUCAAAUCAAGCUUCUCCUACUACCACUCCACCAAUCAGCAAUCACUGUCGAUCUAUCUUUCCCAAACAAUAGCAAUUAGAAAGGCGAGAGAGGCGCUUCCAAAGAUUCCAGGGAAGAUCGAAGAUCGAAAGAAGAAAACCCUACUGUGUUUGUCGUCAUUGUAGGGUUUCAUUCCGUUUCCAGAGUUCGGUGGUGGGUUAGGGUUAGGGUUGCGUUUCUGCACUCAUCCAUGGCAACAGAUACACAACAACAAAGUACUGCAAAAUCAGGGAUGAGGAAGCCCGUAUUUAUAAAGGUUGACCAGUUGAAGCCUGGGACUAGUGGUCAUACGCUCACAGUCCAGGUAUUGAGUUCGAAGACGGUGUUGCAGAAGGGCCGAGCGGCUUCUCAGCAUCUUCGCCACACUCGCAUCGCUGAAUGUCUGGUCGGUGAUGAGACCGGCACUAUUAUCUUCACGGCUCGCAACGAUCAAGUUGAUUUGAUGAAGCCAGGUAUCAGUGUGAAUCUGCGCAAUGCAAAGAUCGAUAUGUUUAAGGGGUCUAUGAGGUUGGCAGUUGACAAAUGGGGCCGUGUUGAGGUCACAGAACCGGCUUCAUUCAUAGUUAAGGACGAUAACAAUCUGUCUCUAGUGGAGUAUGAACUGGUUAAUGUCGUGGAAGAGUGACUAGGGUCUUUUUGCCAUUGACGUUUGGAGAUCCAAAGGAAGCCUUUUCAAGCCCUUUGAUGGCUCGUUUAAUUCUUGUUCUCCGAAUUGGUCAUGAGCUGCUAAUGAGGUGAAGUUUUGAAUGGAAGAACAGUUUGGAGUUGGCAUACAGAUCUUAUUGCAACCGACAAUGUUUUUCUCCUUAGUAUUUACUAUUAUGAAGAAAGUAAUAGUUUAGUAAUAGUGCCUGAUACUAUGGUCAUACGGUCAUACGGUGCUUAUUGGUUGAACAGAAAAGAAUCUAUUGUUGGCAUAGAGUACAUUUUGGUGGAACAGAAAAACUUAUUGGUGAUACUUGAUAAUGAUAUAAUCUUAUUUCUUUAAAUUUUUGGUCUAA